AUGUCCGACCCUAGCCAUGCGGGCCUCCCUCCCGCAGUCGUCGAGUCCAUCGCCGGCCUCAGCGCCGGCACCGUGGCGACGCUGGUUGUGCAUCCCCUCGACAUUGUCAAGACGCGCAUGCAGAUCUACCGCAGCGUGAGCGAUCCCCUCUCCAAGCCGCCCACCACCGCCCGCCUCCUCCGCUCCCUCACCGCGACCCCGCGCCCGAUCGCCUCCCUCUACCGGGGCCUCACCCCGAACCUCGUCGGCAACGCCACCAGCUGGGCUUCCUUCUUCUUCUUCAAGUCGCGCUUCGAGCGGCUGCUCCUCCAGCGGCACCCCGACACCGACGCACCGACCCCGGGUGACUACUUCGUGGCCAGCGCGCUCGCCGGCGCCGCCACCUCCAUCCUCACCAACCCCGUCUGGGUCCUCAAGACGCGCAUGCUCUCCUCCGACCGCUCCGCGCGCGGCGCCUACCCGUCCAUGCUCGCCGGCGCGCGCGCCAUCCUGCGCGCCGACGGCCCGCGCGGCUUCUACCGCGGCCUCGGCGUGUCCCUCAUUGGCGUGUCCCACGGCGCCGUGCAGUUUGCCGUGUACGAGCCGCUGAAGCGCGCCUACUUUGCGCGCCGCCGCACCACCACCACCAUCACCACCCGCGAUGACGCCGCGGCGGCGCCGCUCAGCCCGGAGGCGGUGGUCGCCCUGUCCAGCGCGGCGAAGCUGGUCGCGGGCGCCGUGACGUACCCCUACCAGGUGGUCCGAAGCCGUCUGCAGGGGUACGCGGCCGACGAGCGCUUCGGCCGCGGUGCGCGCGCGGUGGUGGCGAGGAUAUGGCGCGAGGAGGGUGCGCGCGGCUUCUAUCGCGGGCUGCUGCCGGGCGUGGUGCGCGUCAUGCCGGCGACGUGGGUGACGUUCUUGGUCUACGAGAAUGUCAAGUUUCACCUGCCCCGCUGGCUGGAAGAGCAGGCAUGA